GCAGUCUUAGAAAAAUGAGGCUUGAUAUGGUAGCUUUCUUUUCUGUCUGGUGCUGUCUGCAAAUUCCAAGGAGCAAAGAGUCUGCGUGUGCAGUGCAGACCGUGCAAUAAGUCAGAGAAGAGAUUAGCGUCACUGAGAAGCUAACAGGCUACUGCUUUGCCUGCUGAAAGGCUCCUGCUCAUGUCAUGCACUCACUUACUCAGGAAAUCAGAAGUUUUUCCAGGACAAAUCUGAGGAAACAAUGCACCAGGGUAACAACUUUGAGUGGAAAGAGAAUUAUAGAGACCUGGAAAGAUGCCAGAAUGCAGGUGGUGGAGGAAGCAGACCCAAGUGAUGGGGAUGGCUGUGGUUACGUGCAAGAUUUCAGCUUGGACCUGCAAGUUGGUGUAAUUAAGCCCUGGUUGCUGCUUGGAUCACAAGAUGCUGCUCAUGAUCUGGAGACGAUGAAGAGAUAUGGGGUUACUCAUGUCCUAAAUGUGGCAUAUGGAGUAGAAAAUGCCUUCCUCGAUGACUUUGUAUACAAGAGCAUUUCCAUACUGGAUCUUCCUGAGACAGACAUCACAUCCUAUUUUCCAGAGUGUUUUGAGUUUAUUGAGCAAGCUAGGAUUCAGGAUGGAGUGGUGCUGGUUCACUGUAAUGCAGGAGUCUCUCGUGCUGCAGCAAUUGUCAUUGGUUUUCUAAUGAAUUCAGAAGGACUUGGUUUUGCCAGAGCCUUUACUCUGGUGAAAAAUGCAAGGCCUGCCAUUUGUCCAAAUCCUGGCUUCAUGGAGCAGCUUCACAAGUACCAAGAGUACAAUAAAAAGGCAAAUGCAAGCAUAAAUGAUCAUGAAUGAUAAAAAGAGAGAAACUAAACAGUCUGUGUGCUUGUAUUGUAACAGAUGUGUCGAUGUACUUUAUGUCGUUUCUCAGACUCCUCUCACACGUAUAUUUUAAAUAUAUUUUCUACAUAUUUAAUUCUUCACUUUUUUAUCUAAAUAUGUUACAUUACUUGGUCCAGACUUCAAGCAGGGAAGAGGCCAAACUUUAUUCCAUUGACUUCAGCGCUUAAUUGGCCCAAGGACAUGUUUUUCCCCUAGAGUGGUGAUAAAAGAUCAAGUUCUAGCUUGUUUGAAAUAUCAGACAGAAGAGAAUGACAGGUUUUCAUUGAACUGUCUGAGGAUACAAGCAAUAGAAAAGGGAAAUAAAAUGCUGCCUCAGAUAAUAAAGUUACUGCAUUUACUUUAA